AUGGAAAAUCAAGAAGGAGAAGAAAAUCAAGAAACUGUGGAUAAUGAAGACAAUGAAAAUGAGGACAUUGACGAAGAUGAACUGGAUCCGCAGGUUAUGGCAAUGAUAACUGAAUUUGCCGAAUAUUCUGACCAACCCAAAUACAUACCAACAGAAGACGGGGAUGACCCUGUAUCGACAUUUUCAAAGUUAAAGCGAUUCGUAACUAUACAUUGGCAAGGGCUUGUCAGCGUUUUAUCCAUGAUUAUAGGUUUGAUUGUAAUUAUCCCUUGGCCUGGCGAGCCAUGGCAAUGGUGUGCAUAUUGUUUAGUUGUGAUGGCUAUCUACUGGGUCACGGAAUGCGUACCGCUAGCGAUUACCUCAUUUAUUCCACUCAUCAUAUUUCCACUACGUGAUAUUAUGACAACAGAGCAAGUCGCCCAAUGCUACAUGAAUGACACAAUACUUGUGUUUUUAGGAAGCUUGCUAUUAGCAGCGGCUGUCGAGCAGUCGGGGCUACACAUGCGAUUGGCUUUACAUGCUAUUAAAAUUGUCGGAUAUUCACAUUACAAAUUGCUAUUCGCCAUGUCUAUGGUGACUAUGUUCGUAUCUAUGUGGCUGACUAAUACCGCUGCUACAACAAUGAUGGUUCCUAUAAAUUUUGCUUUGCUUCGAGUAUUUGAAGAACAAAAUAUAUUAUCGAUUUAUGAAACGAAUGUGGAAGGUGAACAAAUAGCUUCGGAUAUGACCACCUGCUACUUUUGUGCUUCUACGUUUUCAGCUACUAUAGGUGGUAUUGGUACCCUAGUUGGCACUGGUACUAAUUUGGUGUUUAAAGGACUGUUUGAAAAGCAAUAUCCGAAUGCUGAAGAGUAUAUGACAUUUCCUAACUUUUCAGCUUUCUCAAUUCCAUAUAUGAUUAUUAUGGAGCUUCUUACUUAUUUUUGGAUGAUCGUUAGAUAUCUAGGAUUUCUAAGACCGAAAAGCGAUAAAGCAAGGAUGGCCGAAAUACCACCCUCAGGAAUAGAGGCAGCUAAGAAAACAAUGGAAAAAAAUAUUGAAGAUUUAGGACCACUAAGUUUUUGGGAAAUCAUGGUGAUUAUUUUGUUUGGAGGUGGCAUAUUGUUGUUCUUCUCACGGUCUCCACAAAUAUUUCCAGGAUGGGCAGAUCGAGUUCGGGAAUUUUACGGCAUUAAAGAUAAAAAAUUCAUAAGGGACUCAGUCGUAGCGAUGGGUGUCUCUUUUCUAAUGUUUCUGUUUGCUGCAAAAUUAACUAUAUUUAAGAAUUGCAAGGUAAAAUUCUACGAUGAUCUGCCAAGAAAGCGAAUUCCAUCAGUCCUGGAUUGGGUAAGAACAAACAAAUCGAUGCCCUGGAGUUUCAUGUUCCUUUUGGGUGGAGGCUUUGCUCUUUCUACGGCUGCAAAGAAAGAAUACACAGGUUUAAAUGAGAAAAUCGGUGAAGUGUUGGCUGGCCUGAAGCCCUUGCCUAAUGUCAUAAUAAUUCUUAUUGUGAUAAUAUUUACCAUAUUUCUCACCAACUUUGCUUCUAACGUUGCUGUGGCUAAUGUUGUCGUGCCAAUAGGAAUGACAUUGGCUACAAUGAUUGACAAAAACCCCUUGCUUUAUAACAUCGCCGCUGGAUUUUCUGCGUCAUAUUGUUUCUGUUUGCCAGUAGGCACACCAGGAAAUUUGAUUGUACAAAGCGCAGCCAAAAUUCCCACUAUGAAAAUGAUACAUGCUGGAUUAGGGCCCACAUUAAUCUCUAUCCUUGCGACGUGGAUCGCCGUAAUUUUAUGGGCUCCUGUUAUUUGGCCAGUUUUGAAUGUACAUCCACUACCUAAUUGGACGCAACUGUACUAA